GGACACGUCUGUUGUUUCUCGGAAGUGACGAAACCAAAGCACUGAUGGCGGCUCACAGUUUGCUCCCGGAUAUGUACUAAAACGAAUUUGAUGGCGUCUGAUUGGACUUUUUGCACACUUGGCCAUUUGUCUGAAAUCUUGAGAUUAACAUCUAACCUGUCAACCACAAGAGUCGUCGAUCCGAGGAGGGAUAAUUUGCUGUAGAGCUCGCCAGAUCCAGAGCUAGCUGCCUUGCCAAUGAAAUACAAGUCCAGCUAGCCUGUGGUCGCAGAGGUUUGUUUGUGUGCGUGGCAGACGUUUGACAUUUUAGCAGUUUUGUGACACUUGCUGGUCCAAGUGCAGCAGAGUCUCUGCUUUCUCUAGGUCGGCUCGCGUCGCUUGCGUUGCUUUUAAAGCAAAGAAGCGGCGGGAAGUGGUUAGCCGACCUGAUUAGCUGUAGCCGUAGUUCCAGCUCUUCUGAAGUCAUUGGUCUCUAGUGGAUGGUGCCAGUCUCUUCUAUGAUUCUCCGUCGCGCCGUUCAUCGACUGUCAGGAUGUUGAAGACACGUCAGUGUUUACUCGGGAUUCGCACCUUCCUUGGAGUGACGUCUAGAAUAUGGAGUUUCAUUUUAUACAUCCUCAGGAAGCAUCUAAGAACGAUAAUCCAGUACCAAACAGUGCGUUAUGACACAUUACCUCUCUCCCCUGUUUCCAGAAACAGACUCAAUGCGGUGAAGAGGAAGAUCUUGGUGUUGGAUCUGGAUGAGACUUUAAUUCACUCUCACCAUGAUGGCGUUCUUAGACCUACAGUGAGGCCUGGUACACCUCCAGACUUUAUCCUCAAGGUGGUUAUAGACAAACACCCAGUCAGGUUUUUUGUCCAUAAAAGGCCGCACGUCGAUUUCUUUUUAGAGGUGGUUAGUCAGUGGUAUGAGUUGGUAGUAUUUACAGCUAGUAUGGAGAUAUAUGGAUCAGCCGUAGCAGAUAAGCUGGAUAACAACAGGGGUAUCCUCAAAAGAAGAUACUACAGACAGCACUGCACUUUGGAUCUAGGGAGCUACAUAAAAGAUCUGUCUGUUGUACACAGUGAUCUCUCCAGUAUAGUUAUUCUGGACAACUCGCCUGGAGCUUAUCGAAGUCACCCAGAUAAUGCAAUACCUAUAAAGUCGUGGUUCAGUGACCCAAGUGACACAGCACUUCUUAACCUGCUCCCAAUGUUGGAUGCAUUGAGGUUUGUUUCUUUAUUUCUCUGCAGAACAGAAGAGAAAGUGUUUGGGAUUUUUUGCACAUGACAACUAUGUCAUCCUCAAAUCUUUCUGUUUCUUACUAAUAUCAAACUGCUCUUUCAUUUGUCACAUUUUGGCCUGGUUUCACAGACGGGGCUUAGAUUAAGCCAGGAUUAGGCCUUAGUUUAAUUGUGACAUUUAAGUAGCUUUUAUAAACAUGCCUUAAAAUUACUGCUUUGCAUCCUUAGACAAAACAAUGACACUGACAUAUUUUAGGAUAUGUCAGUGCACGUUGCUUUCAGUUGAAACAGCUCAAUAAUGCAUUUUAGUCUGGGACUAGGCUUAAGCCUUGUCUGUGAAACCGGGGAAUAAUGUUACUGUUCCUGUUUCAGUAAGCUGCCCUUAGUGUGUUUUCGUUCCCUUUCUAGGUUUACCUCAGAUGUUCGCUCCGUCCUCAGUCGAAAUCUCCACCAGCAUCGGCUCUGGUGAUCGUAUCUGUCAGGGCCAGUCUCUCUUCUGGUCGCCGUGGUUUUUUUUUACUUGGCUCUGCCUGCUAGGUUUUAGCCUCUCCUGCGCUGGAGUUGUCAGCCUCUUGUCAUCAUGUGAGCUCCCAUUAGUCUCAUGGACUCCUCUGAGGAAAUGCUUUGAGAAGACAUGGGAGAACAUAAAGGAGAGAGAGACACAUGAUGGAGAAGCUAUUACACAUAAACUCAUAUUGAGAGGCCAGCAUUUUUUUCUUGUAUUUUGUUUUCCUAAAGAAAUGGAAACUGCCUUAUUUGUUGGAUUUUGCGUGUGCAUGUUGGAGUGUUUCUGAGUGAAUUGGGGAGAAAGCUUCUGAUUCCAAUUUUACCUUUCAUUUUUUGGGGGGGUAAAUAAAGAAUCAGUUAAUCAGUUGUAACGACCUGUCACUUUCCACACUUCAUUUGCACUUAUUCCCCCUUCCUAAAGGUCUGUGUUUGUUGUUUUGUAUGACCUGUACCUGACAAAUGGUCACAUGGUCUUAUCCACUCAUUCUCUCUCUCUAAGCUUCUGUCCUUCCUCUCUUUUUAUUUUAGUUUUUUGCUGUCUGCCAUCUCAGGUAUCUGGUCCUCUUCUCUAUGUUAAGAGCUGAGAGCUGUUAAUACCGUUGUACUAAUAGUAUGCUGUGGUAGAGAUAACUAGCAGGAGAGAAAACUACAGUCCAUUAUUACUGCUUAUGGUAUUAAUUUUCUGUGUAUUUAAAAAUGGCUCAUAUGUAGAACGUCUGGUUAAAUCUGAGAGGUUUUACCAUAUAUUUCGAGGACACAUGUUUAGAUGCUCCUCGAUAUGGAUACAUCAGCCACUGAGAGAAAGACACUGAGCAACAAGGACUCUGCUAUAACAGAAAAAUAAAAUAGAGCCUUUUGUCAACAACCGAAA